UGGGGCUUGGUCUUGAAGUUUUCAGAUGCAUCUGUAGAUGAAUCAUAACAGCAUCAAGAUGUCGGGACGAACAGGCCGCGCUGAGACCCGAAGUCGGGCUAAAGAUGACAUCAAAAAGGUCCUGGCGGCCAUCGAGAAGGUGCGCAAAUGGGAGAAGAAAUGGGUGACAGUGGGAGACACAUCCUUACGCAUAUUCAAGUGGGUGCCAGUGACAGAAACAAAGCAGAUAUAUCGAACCAAAUCCACAGGUGGAGAUGUGAGAGGAAUGAAAGAUGUGGUCCUGGAAAAUGCUAACUCUUUGUUGGAUUUCACUGAUGAAAACAGCAACCAGAGCUUUAUGUCGGACGUCUACCAGCCUAAAAUGGAUAACAGCAGCAGCACCUCCAGCUCGCAGCAGGUCAGCCCUCCACAUACCUCCAGCCUCCGGACCGAAGACUCUCAGCCACCAAUGCUGGGCCAGGAGAGUGUGGAUGAGCCAGUCCAUUUAAGACAGGAGGGGGCUGAUGAGCCUCCCACUCUCAUCAAGGAGGAUCUUCUUUCAUCAGGAGCUGUCCGACAGAGCACCCCAGAAACACAGGAGGAAUUGGAGGAGUCAGGAGCACCCCCUUUAAAGAAGAUUUGCACAGGAGAAAAUGCUGUUCUGAGAUAGCUCAUUUUUAAUAAUUUUGUCAAAAUGCACACAGUACCUUUCCUUAAUCAGAUUAGCUAGACAUUCAAAACAUAUUCGGAGGUUUUCUUGACAUAUUUACGCAAAUGUUACAUUUCAGCAAAUGAGGGAAAAAACAGCUAAAUCUUUGUUUAAUUUUAAAGGUCUUUAAGGUAUGCGGUUAUAAGUGAUUUUUGAAAUGAAUGGCGGGGAAUUUUCCAAACUUUGUGUGGCAGUUCACUGCUGUUGCAGGCAGUGUAUUUCAAUUUACAUGCUGUAAAUGUUUUCUGGCAACUGUUUCUAAUUUACUCGUUAUGCAAUUGGGCUUUACGUUUGCAUGCAUCCUAUUGCUUUAUUCUUCAGGUUUACAGGCCAUUUUGAAAAGGUGUUAAAUGUGCAGCUUUAUGCAGAUUCAUGUUUAGAUGUGCCAUUUUCUAUUAAAUACAAGGCACUCUCUGGAACAGAUCUUCUCUUGGCUUAUUAAAUGCAAGGAAAUGCUUUUUUAAUAUUUAAAAAUAUAAUUUGCCCAUGUUUAUAACUGCUGACAUUGUAAAACAUAAUAAAUGCUCAUUUCCAAUUCCA